AUGUCUGACGUUGCGCAAAAGCCGAUGGAGUGCGACCGGAGUUCUGGCGCCACUGCGGAUGAUCAGCUGAGGUGCGGCUGCCCCGCGGGGAAAACGUGUCACGUGAUUGGCUUCAUAGACACUAUGUUCAAACCGCAUUACCGAGGACAGAUGAUCAAACUGAUGCAAACGGUCAUCGAGGAUGCUUGCGAUCCGAAUCAUGAUUGGGCUUAUAGUGAGAAGGAGCAUGUGAAUUACAUCCACCCAUGCAUCUGUGCAUUAAAGGACUCAUCAGUGAUAAUGAACUGCACUUUUACAUACCCUACUGGAUAUCAGAUCAUGAAAGUGUUCUGGACCAAAACAACUGUUAAAAAUGCUGAUAAUGAGUUUCCAGAUCUGUCUGAGGACCCUGAAUACAGUCAGAGGCUUCAGUAUCUGGGAGAUAAACAGCAGAACUGCACCAUCAGACUGAGUCAUGUGACACAGAAAGAUGAACACAAGUACUAUUUCAGAUUCACAACUGAUAACCCUACUGUGAAAUGGCUUGGUAAAUCAGGAGUAACUCUUGCUGUCACAGAUCUUCAGGUGGAGUCUCCUGAGAGAGUGACAGAGGGAGAUUCAGUCCGUCUGACAUGUAAAAGCAGCUGCGCUCUGACUGAAGGAGCAACAUUCAUCUGGUACAGAAACUCACAGCCAUUAACUGAGAGAAGAGACAGAAACAAUCAACUCCUGCUGCAGUCAGUCAGAAGAGAGGAUGCAGGCAGAUAUAGCUGUGCUCUACAUGGACACACUUACAUCUCUCCUGCUGUUCAGCUCAGUGUCACGUAUGCACCAAAGAGUGUCUCAGUGUCCAUCAGUCCAUCUGGUGAAAUAGUGGAGGGAGAUUCAGUGACUCUGAGCUGCAGCAGUGAUUCAAACCCACCUGCAGAAAUCAGCUGGUUUAAAGGAGGAACGUUUGUAGGAUCUGGAAGAAUCUACAGCAUCUCAAACAUCAGCUCUGAUCACAGUGGAGAAUACAAGUGCAAGUCCAGAAAUAUACAUGGAGAGAAAUACUCUGAUGCUGUGACUUUAAACAUAAUGUACCCUCUAAAGAGCAUCUCAGUGUCCUUCAUGCAGUCUGCUCAGUUCUGGGAAGGUGAAUCAGUGACUCUGAUCUGCAGCAGUGAUUCAAACCCACCUGCUCUGAACUUCAGCUGGUUUAAGGAGAAUCAAAGCUCAGCUGUUGGAUCUGGACAGAGUUUCAGUGCACUACAGAGUGGACGCUUCUACUGUGAGGCUCACAAUCAACAUGGAUCUCAGAGAUCAGACGCUGUUACUGUCAUUGUUAAAGGACGUCUGGUGAUAUUACACAUAUCCAUAGUUUGUGGAGCUUGUGGAGCUGCAGUUUUCAUCAUCACGAUGCUGAUCUUGUACGAUAUGUGUGUGUGGUAAUAUUUGGUGUAUGUAAAUGAGUGAGAAGGUUGUGAAUUCAGUGAAACUUUU